AUUGGCAGGGGAACUACAGCUGCUGCGCUCGAGUCAUGGUGGAGGUUGCGGUUCUGGGCAAAGGCUCUUAAAGAGUUGGACUACUUUUCAGCAUGUCGGUCGAACUCGACUUAGAAAGACCGGAUUUAAUGGGUAUACGAAGCGGACCACUUCAGACGUAGCCUAAUAGUCACGAAAACGGAGGAAAAGUUGGAUCUUGAACGCUGUGGUAAAAUGUAACCCUUUUUCUUAGCGCACCAGUCAACAGCCCUGGGCAACAAAUAUGGCUACUUGGGUCUACUCUUUUCUAUUUGGGGUGAAAAGCGACACAAUUUGGCUAUGCACUACAAUCGCGGGACGACGACUCAACUCUUCCAAGAAGUGACCUAUCCAGAAAGAGUUACAGCUGAACUGUAUAGAUAUCUUAAAGUGGUCAGCUGAUAAAACGUAGGCAACGCGGUGUCGUGCAAAUAGCAGCGAGUUGAGAGAGAUGGAGUCUAAGCACAAAGAGUUGUUAGAUAAACGCUACCAGAACUUACUGGAGUCAAUAACACAUGCAGACCGGGUCGUGGAGGUGUUGUCUCAAACUGGUACCCUCACCCAAUCGGAACGUUUUGAACUGAGUCACAACUGCUCGUCCAACUCGGAGAAAGUGGUUCUUCUGCUGAAAAUCUUGAUAAGCAAAGAGAGAGACCAUUUCAAAGACCUUUGCGUUGCCCUAGAAAAGACGCACCCUCACCUGAAUUCUGCACUUUUAAUGAACGGCGUUGGAGACGUAGAUCAUUCAUCUGGGUCCACCUACAGUGUUUUGUCCACCAUGCCGUCUGACUCUGAAAGCAGCAGUUCCCUCAGUAGCGCAGGUACCACGGGUCAAGCCUCAUCCCCUCCUCCAGCCCACAUGGAGAACCGCCACGGUCAGAUGAGUGACAAGAUGGAGGCGGUUCUGUUCCAGCUGAGACAGGUGACCCGCGAGAGGGACGAGCUCCGUAAACGCCUGGCCCUGUCCUCGCCCGGCACCACCUUCGAUGACUGCAGGCCCAACUCCAAGUCAGGCCAGGACUACGAGCAUCUGAAGCUGCAGUGUAUGAAGGCCAUGGUGGACCUGCAGUCCUUACAGAACCAACACAGCACAACACUGAAGAGAUGUGAGGAGGCCGUGAAGAAAGCUGACUUCUACCACACGCUCCACAGCCGUCUGGCCAGCGAGCAGUCUCCGCUGAAGGAGGAGCUGGAUGCUGUGAGACAGGACAACAUCCAGCUGGUCAGAGAACACAACCAUGUGAAACAGAGCUGUGAGGAGAUGAGGAGACUACAUGAUGAGGACCAGAGAGAGCUGGGAGACAUGAGACUGCUUCACCAACAGGUGAUGAGAGAUGGGUCGUCAGAGAUCCUCAACAAGCUGUAUGACACAGCUAUGGACAAGCUAGAGGGCACCAAGAGAGACUAUGAGGCUUUGAGGAAGAGGUACAAUGAGAAGACUGCCAACCACAACACAGACCUGAGUCGUCUGGAGCAGGCAGAUGAGGAGAACAGGAGGCUACAGAAACAGGUGGAUAUGUUGUUGAAGCAGAGAGACGCUGCUGCACACUACCAACAACAGUACUCUACCUCUAUGAGGAGGUUUGACUCGACCCAGGUGGAGCUGUCGAAGGCUGCAGUGCAGAACAAGGAGCUACAGAGAGAGAUGGAGCGGCUGCAGACAGAAUCCACACGGCUGAAGACCCAGCAGCUGAAGGCCGUUAAGGACUGUGAGAAGUACAAGGAGGAGAGGGACUCGGUCUUCAAUGAGUACAGACUCAUCAUGAGUGAGAGGGACCAGGUGAUCACGGAGGUGGACAAGCUCCAGACAGGGCUGGAGGUGGCUGAGGCCAAACUGAAGAACACCUCGUCAGAGAAAAGGAUGACCAGCGAAGAGUUGGAGGCACUACGUCAGGAGCUUGGCUCGGCGCUGAUUGACCGAGACAGAGCUAUCUGUGAGAAGAAUGAGCUGCUGGAGAAGUGCUGCCACGAGGUGAAGGACAAGGCUGAGGCCCAGAAGGAGUUGAGCCAGGCCUGUAAAGACAUCCAGACGAUCCGGGAGGAGAGAGAUGUGGCCCGCAAGGAGAGGACAGAGGCCAUCAUACAGAGAGACCAGCUACUGAGAGAAUACUACCAGACUAGACAGAAACAAGACUCGACAACCCUGGACAUGGAGCGGGCCAACAAGGAGAUAGAGGUGCUGAGGAAGCAGUACGAAGCCAUGUCUCAGGAGCUGAAGGAGGCGACGCAGGAAGCAGAGGUGGCUAAGUGUCGACGCGACUGGGCCUUUCAGGAGAGAGACAAGAUAGUGGCAGAGAGAGAGAGUAUUCGAACGUUAUGUGACAACCUGAGGAGAGAGAGGGACCGAGCGGUGAGCGACCUGGCAGAUGCCUUGAGAAACCUAGAUGAUACCAGGAAACAGAAAAAUGACGCGUCACGCGAACUUAAGGAGCUCAAAGAAAGGAUGGAAGACCAGUUGGAAAAGGAGGCCAGUUUUCGUCAGCUGAUGGCUCAUAAUUCACACGAUUCAGCCAUCGACACCGACUCUUUGGAGUGGGAGACGGAAGUUGUGGAGUUUGAGAAAAACAGAGAGCACAUGGAUUUAAAAGCACUUGGUUUUGACGUUGCCGAGGGGAUAAAUGAGCCAUAUUUACCAGGAGACUGUGGGAUAUUUGUGAGUAAGGUGGACAGAGGAGGUAUUGCUGAAGGAAGGCUAAGAGUGAAUGAUUGGCUGUUGAAGAUAAACAAUGUGGACCUGACCAAUAAGGACAGGAAGCAGGUUCUGAAGGCGGUGCUGAGCGGAGAAGGAGUGAUCAAUAUGGUGGUCCGCAGGAGGAAAUCUAUGGGAGGACGCUUAAUCACUCCUAUUGAGAUCAACCUCACAGGAUACAAAGCCAGUGGUAUAGGGCUGGAGUGUGGGGUGUUUGUAGCUGGGGUCACUCCGGGCUCUCCAGCAACCAAGGAGGGUUCACUCACGGUCGGAGAUAGACUCAUCGCUAUAAAUGGAAUUGCACUAGAUAACAAGUCACUGUCUGAGUGUGAAGCUUUACUGCGGAGCUGCAGAGAUGCUCUCAGCGUCUCUCUCAUCAAGAGUUGCUCCGGCCAGAGUAUCUUUGAAAACCUGCGAGACGCCUCAGAGAAGACCUCCAACUGCCGCUCGCUCCACUCUUGGCACUCCCGGAAGUCCAAGAACAACAACAGCUCUACCCAGACAGACAUGUUCUGCCCUGAUAUUGGCUCCAGUGGUGGAGAGAGACACAACCAUCCCAACAAAGACAGGAGUCAUAGUGACAUUGUAGCAGUAGACAACAACAGUAGAGGUGGCUCCGUCUGCCAGCACAAGCCGUUUUCCAGUAGCUCCAUGUACUCCCGCUCUCUGUCCCACAGGGAGAGCUGUCUGCAGCACAGCCCAGUUAGUUCAGGGCCACUGGGGUCCCCAGAGCCCCACCAGGACUACUGCUACAGGAGAGGGGAGUCACACAGCAGACGACCUCUCACCUUCACCCCUGUGGCCUCCGACUGUAUUACCCUGCAGAGCACGCUGCUGGACAGAGACAGAGGAGGAGACAGAGACAGAGGAGGAGAGGAAGGACACACCACUACUCCAGAGAGAGAGAAGCCGAGCGGAGGCACCUGGCCUAAAGUCUUGGUGGGCGCGUCCAUCCUCGAGUGUGCCCAGCUCUCCAUCUAUAAGAAGCCCAAGCAGAGGAAGUCCAUCUUCGACGCAGACACCUUCAAACGGCCCGAGGCGUCCUCCAAACUGGACUACCUCUCCUUGUCCCAGCUAUCAAAACACUCCCCGCAGGACUCUCAGUCUGAGGUGGGGCCAGGGGUGGGGAUAGGGCAGACCCCUCCCACCCCGCCUCAGAGGAGCGAUUCGUUCAGGUUCAAACACCGCCAGCAGACCAGCUCUGCCUCGGACUCCACCAUCACCACAGGGACAGGCACCCCUCCAACCACCCCGGGCCAGGCCCCAUGUGUUCUACCCCUGGUGGGCAAACAACAGGAGGGGGGGGGGCUGGAGGGUCGAGACAGAGAUAGGGAAAGGGACAGAGAUGGGGAAAGAGACAGAGAGAGGGACCGAGACAGAGAAAAUCGUGACAGAGACGGGGACAGUGAGAAGCAAAAUUACUACAUAGACCCUCCUGGAGAGGGGAUGCAGCCAAUCAUCAGCUCCAGGAAGUCAUGUGAUGAGGAUGUCAGCAGGCAGAGGGGGGAGGAGCUGGACAGGGACAGGAGAAGGUACCGUCCCAAAUCAGCCCCUGCGUUACGCCGGAACAUGACCCCUCUACACAUCCACAUCCCUAUCCAGAGUUUCUCUAACGACGAGGCGUCUCCAGAGCCGGUGGACUUGGUGCGUUUCUCUCCCAUGCGCUCUCAUCGUUACAGCAUGCCUGUGGUACCACCAGGAUACAGCAGCACCAUGACCGCACACCCCGGACACAGAGGUCUAGCCCCAUGUCCUGCUGUCACCGCUGUGAUGAGGAACCCAGUCUACACCGCCUGGAGCCAUGAUGUUCACACAAACCACAACUGUCCUCCUGCACCCACCUCAGGCAACCACUCACACUCUCACCCCAGUCCCCAGCACCAAGGUCGUCUGAGCCUGGAUUUGAGCCACAAGCGGUCUGGUGACUUAACGUCAGAUUCAUCGCCCUGUAGCCAGACACCACACAGCACCAACUCCCUGCCCUCCAGUACCAGACUGGGUUCCUCUGGUAAUUUACAUUUCCGGCACGAGCGUAUUAAAAUCCCCCCUACUCGAUACCCACGGUCUGUUGCAGGGUGUGGUAGAGGGUCGUUGUCCCACUCAGAGUGCAGCUCUCUGUCCCACUCCACUCCUCCCAUGUCCCCCGCCAAUCUAGAGACAGCAUCCUUUGCCAGCAGCCAAUCACAGAGUUCUAUCUCCACCAGCGCCACCCAGCCCAGGAUAUCAGUCAGCCCGGCUUUAAUUGGGGACCGACGGAAGGACAGGCCCUAUCUGGAGGAGCCCCGUAACGUGACGGUACAGAAGGGGGCAGAACCGCUGGGCAUCUCCAUAGUGAGUGGGGAGAAUGGGGGUGUGUUCGUGUCCAAGGUGACGGCAGGAAGCAUUGCACACCAAGCGCGGCUGGAGUACGGGGACCAACUGCUGGAGUUUAAUGGGAUCAACUUGCGGAACGCCAACGAGCAGCAGGCGAGGCUUGUGAUUGGUCAGCAGUGUGACACCAUCACCAUCCUGGCUCAGUACAACCCACACAUGUUCCAGCUGGGAAACCACUCUCGCUCCAGUUCUCGUAUGGAGUCCAUCAGUGGUCAGCCAACCCCCCAGCUCAGCGGAGCCACCACUCCAGACAAUCACUCCGUCAUCGACACCUUGAGUGAGCAAGACGAAGGGACCAUGACACCACCUUCUAAACAGACCACCCCAGCCACCAGCCCUCACAGCUCCUUCAGGCUAUCCUCUCCAGGUGCAGGCUCUCGCAGGGCCCCAGAGGUGAGGCUGGUGCGGCUGAAGAAGCCCCAAGGAGAGCUGGGGGUGCAGCUCUGUGGAGGGAACCUGUAUGGUAUAUAUGUAGAGAGUCUGGAGGACGACAGCCCUGCCAAGUGUCCCGACGGACUGGUGCCUGGAGACCAAAUACUGGAGUACAAUGGUGUCAACAUGAAGAAUAAGACUGCGGAAGAGGCUUACCUGGAGAUGUUGAAACCGGCUGAAACGGUCAUGUUUAAAGUCCAACAUCGUCUGGAGGAGCUCGCCAUGCUCAAAGACUCACCAGGAGAUGGUUUUUAUAUCAGAGCUCUUUAUGAGCGAGUAGCAGAGAUGGAGCUGGAGCUGAGUUUCAAGAAGGAUGACAUCCUGUACAUUGAAGACACGCUACCAAAGGGCAACUUUGGCUUCUGGAUGGCCUGGCAGUUAGAUGAGAGCGCACGCAAGCUGGCACGAGGGCAGGUCCCCAGCAAAUACAUAAUGGACCAGGAGUUCUACAGGAGACACAGCAUGCCUGAUAUGAAGGAUGAGAGCGGUACUGCCAGUAAGACCCUAUCGGCUGCCGCUCGCAGGUCCUUCUUCCGCAGGAAACAGAAGCACAAACGCUCUGGGUCUAAAGACGGGAAGGACCUAGUGGACGCCAUCAGCACUGACUCACUGCCCAUCAUGGAGGAUGGUGUGAGCCUGGCCUACCAGAGGGUCCAGAAGGUAGAGUGUUCCAGCCCCAGACCAGUGCUGGUUCUGGGGCCCCUAGUGGAGGCUAACAAGGACAUGCUGGUGAAGGAGGCCCCCGGGAGGUUCUGUCGGUGCCUACCUGAGGUGAUGAAGGCAUCUCAGCAGGCGAUAGAACGAGGGGUGAAGGACUGCGUCUUCAUCGACUUCAAACGAAGGAGCGGCCAUUUUGAUGUCACAACUGUUGCUUCCAUCAAGGAAAUCACAGAGAAGGAUUGUCACUGUUUACUUGACAUUGCACCCCACGCCAUUGAACGGCUUCACAGCGUUCACAUCUACCCAAUCGUCAUUUUCAUUCGCUACAAAAAUGCAAAGCAGAUAAAAGAACAGAAGGAUCCUCUAUACUUGCGGGAUAAAGUCUCUCAGAAACAUUCCAAGGAGCAGUUUGAGAUGGCACAGAAAACUGAACAGGAGUACAGCAAGGUCUUUACAGGUAUCGUCCAAGGAGGAAGCCUGUCCUACAUUUGCACUCAGAUCAUGACUAUAGUGGACCAAGAACAAAGUAAAGUCCUAUGGAUUCCUGACGGAGCUUUCUAGAAGGUUUGUAGGUGCUUCUAUCUAUGUAACACUUCAACCCUUAACAAGGAAGGUUUGGUAUUAUACACUUAUCCACAGCUAAAUGGUAAAAACUAGUCAACAAUAUCACAUCACUGUUGUUAUAAUAAUCAACUGUGAGGUUGCAUCCCAAAUAGCACCAUAUUCCCUAUGUAGUGCACUACUUCCCCACUAUAUAUAGGGAAUAGGGUGCUAUUUGGGAUGCAAUCUCUGAUACACUCUCAACAUAAUAACACUUAUCUGAAAGAUGAAGAUUCAUAUAGCACUGAUUUUUCUCACACCCCACGAAUAGAAGUAAUAAUCCCACAAUAAUGGUGAUGUCAUAGUGAUGCUGUAUACUUCAGACAGGCCUAGAGAUUCGUUUACACUAGUAUUUAAUAUUGUAAUGCUUUUUUACUUGAAUGUUUUUCCCUUAACUCCACUAUGGUACUCCUUGACUCUUCCUGUUCCUAUGGUUCUCAAUCAUAUGUCAGAAUAGAAGUUGAUGCAUGGAAUAGAAAAAAAACACAUUUUAGACUUGUCUCAGACCUGUUUGUGCUGUAGUUGUUAUCAGGAUGUCACAACGGAUCUGGGAUCAGUCUAGAAGACCAUGUAAUAACCAUGAUGAACUAUAGCUAUGGCAACAGGCUCAACAUGGGUGCAGCAAGUUUUUCUUAACAGAAUGGAAUGAACCACUGUGUUCUCAUCUUUAUGUAUGUUUUCUUUGUCAUUUAAAUUCUCUAAUCCCAAUCUAAUAAUGUUGGUUAUGAACCUUCCUUUAUAGCCUACAAAUGUAGCAGUUAGUGACCAGAAAUUAUUGUGUAUGUUGUAUUUUUCCCCUCUGUUGUUUGUCAUAUAAUUUACAUAUUUAAAGACAAAAAUGUAUGACAAAUUUGCAUGAUUCUUUUUUUUAUUUUUUAAGUUGAUGUAAAUGACAGACUUUGUCUUAAUGUUUAUUUUGUAAUUCAUGAAUAAGCCACAGACGUUUGUUUUACAACCCACUUACUGUUCUCAAUGCAAAAUUCCAGGUUAUAUAUGUUUCCUUCUGUAUGUUGUGCCAAACUACACAAAUUUGUUUUGCACCAUUUAUCCUUCAACCUAGUAAUGCUUGAACACUAAGAAAUUCAAUAAUACUUUACCGUAGGUACGAUAGUUUCACCAUGAGAAAAUGUAUGUGUUGUAGAGUUGUUCUAAUGUUCCUAACAUUUCAUACAUUUCCUAAUGGGCAUCUUUCUAUUACCCGAAAUGUAGAAUUUAAAAAAGGGAUAUUUUAUUUCUGAUCUAGGGGUUUGAAUGUACCAAACUAAAAGAGGAUGAAUUCAUUGAUUUCAGCAUUAUGAUGAACUGGUAAAUUACUUUUCCUUUUUUUUUCUAUAAUAUUUCAUCUUCUCAUGUUGGUUGAAACACGAAAGUAGACUAUAGAUAUAACUUCACUUCUCAAUGAAAUUAUAUUAUUUGUAUCAAAUGUUAAGAAAAAUAAAUACAUGUGGGGAACGUUGUCCAA